AUGACCACGAGGAUGGAAGACACCACUAAGCUAUGGGAACGAAAGUACCAUGCUCUGCCAGAAGUUACCAUCAUGAAGGAACCGACAGAAGUUAACAUCAUGAAGGAACCUACAGAAGUUACCAUCAUGGAGGGACCUACUGAAGUUAACAUCAUGGAGGGACCUACUGAAGUUAACAUCAUGAAGGAACCUACUGAAGUUACCAUCAUGAAGGAACCUACAGAAGUUACCAUCAUGAAGGAACCUACAGAAGUUAACAUCAUGAAGGAACCUACAGAAGUUAACAUCCUGGAGGGACCUACUGAAGUUAACAUCAUGAAGGAACCUACUGAAGUUACCAUCAUGAAGGAACCUACAGAAGUUACCAUCAUGAAGGAACCUACUGAAGUUACCAUCAUGGAGGGACCUACUGAAGUUAACAUCAUGAAGGAACCUACUGAAGUUAACAUCAUGAAGGAACCUACUGAAGUUACCAUCAUGAAGGAACCUACAGAAGUUACCAUCAUGAAGGAACCUACAGAAGUUAACAUCAUGAAGGAACCUACAGAAGUUAACAUCAUGGAGGGACCUACUGAAGUUAACAUCAUGAAGGAACCUACUGAAGUUACCAUCAUGAAGGAACCUACAGAAGUUACCAUCAUGAAGGAACCUACUGAAGUUACCAUCAUGGAGGGACCUACUGAAGUUAACAUCAUGAAGGAACCUACUGAAGUUACCAUCAUGAAGGAACCUACAGAAGUUACCAUCAUGAAGGAACCUACUGAAGUUACCAUCAUGGAGGGACCUACAGAACGUACCAUCAUGAAGGAACCUACUGAAGUUACCAUCAUGGAGGGACCUACAGAAGUUACCAUCAUGAAGGAACCUACUGAAGUUACCAUCAUGGAGGGACCUACUGAAGUUAACAUCAUGAAGGAACCUACUGAAGUUAACAUCAUGGAGGAUCUACACCAACACAUUCCACUGGAGGAGAAUGCAAGAGUGACACAAUUGACCACGAGGAUGGAAGAGUUAUGGGAUCAAAAGUUCCGUGCUCUGCCAGAAGUUACCAUCAUGAAGGAACCUGCAGAAGUUAACAUCAUGGAGGAACCUGCAGAAGUUAACAUCAUGGAGGGACCUACAGAAGUUACCAUCAUGGAGGGACCUACAGAAGUUACCAUCAUGGAGGGACCUACAGAAGUUAACAUCAUGAAGGAACCUGCAGAAGUUAACAUCAUGAAGGAACCUGCAGAAGUUAACAUCAUGAAGGAACUUGCAGAAGUUAACAUCAUGAAGGAACCUACUGAAGGUAACAUCAUGAAGGAACCUGCAGAAGUUAACAUCAUGGAGGGACCUACUGAAGUUACCAUCAUGGAGGGACCUACAGAAGUUAACAUCAUGGAGGGACCUACAGAAGUUACCAUCAUGAAGGAACCUACUGAAGUUAACAUCAUGGAGGGACCUACAGAAGUUACCAUCAUGGAGGGACCUACAGAAGUUAACAUCAUGGAGGGACCUACAGAAGUUACCAUCAUGAAGGAACCUACUGAAGUUAACAUCAUGGAGGGACCUACAGAAGUUACCAUCAUGGAGGGACCUACAGAACGUACCAUCAUGAAGGAACCUACUGAAGUUACCAUCAUGGAGGGACCUACAGAAGUUAACAUCAUGGAGGGACCUACAGAAGUUACCAUCAUGGAGGGACCUACUGAAGUUACCAUCAUGAAGGAACCUACUGAAGUUAACAUCAUGGAGGAUCUACACCAACACAUUCCACUGGAGGAGAAUGCAAGAGUGACACAGUCGGAUUUGCCAAAGCGAGUGAAUCCUGAGGAAGACUUUGAGCCCCCCCUCUCCCCCCCUCUCCCUGGACACCCAGCGCCUAAUAGCCUGGAAGGAAGGAGCGUGUCACCGUAUCACCUCACCAAGGCGCCAUCACCACUGCGCCGCUUUUGUCUCCCCGGCUCCUGCAACACGCUCGCCAACUGCACGCAACCAGAAGUGACUAAUUGA